GGUUUGGAAAGUGCUGCUGAAAUGUAAAGAGCUUUGCGGUUACCCCGAAGCAGCUCACCGUGUCUGUGGCGCCGGCCAGGACUAGUCAUCUCUUGCCAAUGGAUGCGAUACUGAACUACAGGCCGGAGGGCACCGAGGACUACUACGCCCUUCUGGGAUGCGACGAGCUCUCCUCGGUUGAGCAAAUCUUGGCAGAAUUUAAGGUCAGAGCUCUGGAAUGCCAUCCUGACAAGCAUCCAGAAAACUCCAAAGCUGUGGAGACUUUUCAGAAAUUGCAGAAGGCAAAGGAGAUUCUGACCAACGCGGAGAGCCGAGCCCGCUAUGACCAUUGGCGGAGGAGCCAGAUGUCCAUGCCAUUCGAGCAGUGGGAUGCUUUGGCCGACUCAGUGAAAACUUCAAUGCACUGGGCUGUCAGAAGUAAGAAAGACUUGAUGCUGGAAGGAAUGGACCAGACUUACACCAACACAGUUCAAAACAAGGAACAGAAUGAACAGAGAGAAACAAAGAAAGGAGAGCCAGAUUCAACCACAGAGAAAACGAGGCAAAAGGAGUCUGGAUCCCCAGAAAAGGCCAUCGCCCCACAAAACCCAGGCUCUCCAGAUUUGAACUGUGGCCACCUUCGUUUCCGCUGGUCUGGUGACCCUCCCUCAGAACUCCUGAGAAAGUUCCGAAACUAUGAAAUCUGAAGUGUUGCUGCUCUGCGAGAGAAGCAAGGCAGUCGGUCGUCUAUGCUGCCGAUGUGCAGCUUUCAUUUAUGUCUUAAAAAUGUUUGUGAGUUGCUCAGGACAGUCAGGUCCUCCGUCCUUGAACCCAUUCUCACUUGUACUUUGUUUCAUCUUGUGCUGGGGAUUGAACCCAGUACCUCCUGUACUCCCUGUGUCAUUGACUCCUGCCCCUUAACAUGCUGUUUAAGUGAGAAAGUUGUUAUAUAAACCUAGUUUCUUUCAAUUUUUGAGUAAACUAAGGCUUCUAGAUCUAAGUAGUUUGUAUUAUAUGCAUUUUCCUGUUAAUGCUGUUUGUAAAUAUCUGUUAAAAAAUCAUUCCCUGAGCUGGGCAGUGGUGGCGCACACCUUUAAUCCCAGCACUGGGGAGGAGAGGCAGGUGGAUCUCUGUGAGUUCAAGACCAGCCUGGUCUACAAGGGCUAGUUCCAGGACAGCCUCCAAAGCCACAGAGAAACCCUGUCUCAGAAAAAAAAAAAAUCAUUCCCCCUGUUGGUGUACCGUGAUCUCUAGCCAUGCUAGACAUCUGGAUUUUGGCUUAAAAUGAAAUGUAGAAUAACUUGUCUGAAUUUCUUAGACUGAAAUAAACAAUUCCCCCAAAGUU